AUGACGUUUGUUGAGGGCGACAAUUAUGCUAGUAGUAGUAAACUGAGUAACGAGGCUAAAGACGCAUUUUCCGAAAUCAAUAUCAACCCAGACCGAGAGGCGGCGGAACUGGAAGCGGCGACCCUGCGGGACUCGCCAGGCAUAGUGGUCUAUUCAGAUGCAUCAGGACACCAUGGCCAACUGGGAGCGGCAGCAGUGGCCCUAAAGGAUAACUUGGAAGUGGCAGUCAGACGGAAGAUCUGCGUUGGACCCAUGGAGCACUGGUCUGUCUACGCAGCUGAACUCAUUGGGAUAUUCUACGCUAUCAGCCUGAUCCUCAAGCUGGCCCAUAAAAGUCAACGCAACCAGAAAUCAGCCACAAUCUUAUCCGAUAGCAUGUCAGCCUUACAGGCUAUCAAGAACCCAUCGAAUCAAUCAGCGCAGCGAAUCAUCCACGCGAUCCUCCAAGUAGCACGGGAGCUAGCUGCCCGGGGGAUCCCUAUCCGGCUCCAGUGGAUCCCUGGACACUGUGACGACCCGAGCAACGAUGCAGCCGACCGUAGUGCUAAAGAGGCUGUGGGCCUCAGGAAAACACAUCCCAUCUGCCAUCUGCUGUCUCGCGAGAGAUGCAAGAUCCGCCAUCAAACUCACCAAAAAUGGAAACAUGAAUGGAUCACAUCCAAGGUGGACACCGACGUCAUAUUGAUCCAGCCCCUCAGUCUAUGUUUCGAAGCCGCAGGACAAGGGGACCGCCAGGAAGGGAAUCACGGCGCGAAGGCCACGACAGGCCUUGACGAGGCUCAAAGUUUGUCCUCCAGCGACAUCCGCAUCCUGCCCAUAGAAGGCCCAGCUACGACUACCCUUGGGUUGUCUAUCCUCAAGCCAGCAGCGUAUGCAAUUUGGGAGAGGAUCCGUGCAUCGCUGAACGAUAAGCUUAAACGCAUAGGUGUGCAGAAUUGUGCUUUCCCGUUAUCAUCAGUCGAGAAUACAGGGGUCAGCGGCGACAACAGAUAUGACGAUAAUAGAUAUGCACGGAGGGAUACUGAGCCCAGACUACGCGAUCAGACGAGCACAACAUCCAUGAUCUGCUCGUACUAUGCCAGGUGGAUCGCAAGCCCUCAUGACUUCCCACUUCGACUGAAUCAGUGGACGACAGCAUUCAGGUCGGAGCCCUGGCCGCAGCAUUUUCUCAGGUGCCGUGAGUUUCUCAUACAAGAAGCACAUACGGUGCAUAAGACGCAGUAUGAUGCCCAUUCAGAGAUGCUGCAGGUUCUUGAUCUCUACACAGCUCUUUAUGAAAAGCUUUUGGCUGUUCCACUUCUCAAGGGUCAGCAAGGCAACGCUAAUAAUCUCGACGAAACUCAAACAGCUGUCCUAUUUGGUCUUAUUCCUACUCUUCAACAAUGCAUCCAAGCUGGUGUCUGCCACGAGCUAGGCCAGCAUAUGAGCAAGGAGUAUAGUAUUACUAUCUCUGAGUACCCUGGUGACCUGCAGAACAAUGCGAGCUCUACGCUACACGUGUGGCAGAACUCGUGGAGCUUUUCUAUCCGUGCUAUUGGUCUGAUGAUAGCUACGCAUGGCGACGACCGGGGCCUAGUUCUUCCACCUUACAUUGCUGAAACGCAAGUGGUUAUAAUUCCUUACCAGGAUACACACAAUCCACACGACCAUCAGAGGCUUUACGCCGAGAUCUUUUCCAUUCAAUCCACUUUGACUUCUCUGGAUAUUCGUGUUACAGCAGAUCUGCGCAACUGGUGUUCCACUGGCUGGAAGGUGCAAGAAUGGGUAACCCGCGGCGCUCCACUACGCCUAGUUGUCGGGUCGGAGGAGCUGGCCGGUCGAUAUGUCACCAUCUAUCGGAGAGAUCUUCCCAAGUCAGAAGAGAGAACUACCAUGUCUCUUUCUCAACUCCCCACUGGUAUCUCGGAACUCCUCAAAACUAUGCAUAAGGGCCUCUUCGAGAAGGCCCAAAACACCCUUCGCUCGCGUCAAAGACAAGUUACCGACUGGAAUGAAUUCGUCGAAAUACUUUGUAACAGGAAGACGGCUUGUAUCUGCUUGGUUCCUCAUUGUCUGACAAAAGACUGCCAACAACGGAUUGAGAGUUCUAGGAGCGAACUUGCUGCUGAGAACGAUACUGAUUUUGAGGUUAAACCAGUGGCGGCUUCAGUCAAAUUCUUAUGCAUGCCUUGGGACCAGCCUUCUGACGUCCAUGUAGGGGACGUUUCUAAAUGCAUCAAUCCCGAAUGUAUUCAUAAGGCAAAUAAAUGGGCUAUGUUCGGAUUUAAAUGCGAAUGA